GGGCCAUGGAAAACGAACCCGCCCAAUCUCAACACAGGCAACACUACACCGAGCAGCUGUGUUUUUGUCAGAGCUGAGGAGUCGUCCAAACGUCCGCAAGAGUUAAAAGAAAGAGUGAAAGAGGCCACAAUGAAGACCCAAACUUGUUUCACCUUCUCCAUACAACUAUUUGCUCUUUGUUUUCUGGUUGGUGCCAUUUACACAGUGAAUGGUGACUACUGUGAGAUAAAUGUCUGCAGUAAUGGGGGGAGCUGUGUGACUGGCCCCAGAUCCUCCUUCAUCUGUAUCUGCCCCGAUGGCUAUACUGGGGACACAUGCAAUGACACCGAGACUGGGCCCUGCAACCCAAACCCCUGCAAGAACGAUGCCUUCUGCGACGUGACUGGCCAGAAACGCAGAGGGGACGUCUUCAGCGAGUACAUCUGCAAGUGCCAGGAUGGCUUUGAUGGAGUCCACUGCCAGAACAAUGUGAAUGACUGUGCCAACCAGCCGUGCCAAAACGGUGGCUCCUGUAGGGACCUGAAUGGAGACUUCAACUGCCGCUGUCCGUCUCCCUACGUGGGCAAGCACUGCCAACUGCGUUGUAUCUCUCUGUUGGGAAUGGAGGGCGGAGGCAUUGCUGAGUCUCAGAUCUCGGCCUCGUCGGUGCACUACGGAUUCCUGGGCCUGCAGCGCUGGGGGUCUGAGCUGGCACGCCUCCACAACAAGGGCCUGGUUAACGCCUGGACCUCAGCCUCCUAUGACAGGAACCCCUGGAUAGAGAUUAACAUGCAGAGGAAGAUGCGUUUCACGGGCAUCGUGACGCAGGGCGCCAGCCGCAUGGGGUCAGCAGAGUUCAUCAAGGCCUUUAAAGUGGCGUCCAGUCUGGACGGGAGGACCUACACUAUGUACCGCCUGGACAGACAGACAAAGGACACUGUGUUUGUGGGGAACGUGGACAACGACAGCACCAAGACCAACCUGUUUGACCCUCCCAUCAUCGGCCAGUACUUCCGCAUCAUCCCCGUGGUCUGUCGCAAGGCCUGCACCCUGCGCAUGGAACUGGUGGGCUGUGAGCUCAAUGUGUAUUCAAACACGGCAGGUUGCUCCGAGCCCCUGGGCAUGAAGUCGCGCCUGCUCGCCGACCGCCAGAUCUCGGCCUCCAGCGUCUACCGCACCUGGGGCAUUGAGCCGUUCACCUGGCAACCACACUACGCUCGGCUGGACAAGCAGGGCAAGACCAACGCCUGGACGGCGGACACCACCAAGCGCUCUGAGUGGCUGCAGGUGGACCUGGAGUCCCCUAAGAAAAUCACAGGUAUCAUCACCCAGGGGGCCAAGGACUUUGGGGCGGUCCAGUUUGUCUCUGCCUUCAAGGUGUCCUAUAGUGACGAUGGGCAAUUCUGGAGCAUAGUCAAGGAUGAUGUCACCAGCACAGACAAGAUCUUCCCUGGCAACAGCGACAACAAUGUCCACAAGAAGAACCUGUUCGAGCCUCCGUUCUACGCCCGAUUCGUCCGCAUCCUGCCGUGGGCGUGGCACGGGCGCAUCACCUUGCGAAUGGAGCUGCUGGGCUGUGACGAGUAGCCCCGCCCAAGUCUCCUCUUUCCCCGCCCCCGCCCUCCUCCUCUUCCUUUCUUUCCAAAAACCUCCUGAGCCACACUUGCACUGCCUUGCUCAGAUCUGUAGAGGGCAGUAAAACACCACGUCACCACCACAACCCUGCCCCGACUGAGGAGGUACAAAACCACCUAAUGGUUACUGCUAGAAUUGGGUAGGGGUAAUCUGAUCCUAGAUCUGUGCUUAAGGUCAACUUGUACCUCGAGCACACCGACUACUGCUGUGUCAGACGGAACUGCAUGGACUCUGAAACGGUCCUUCCUAGAUCGGGCCUGUGUUGUGUUCAGUUUCAGAGUAGGACUGCUGAUCUUAUUCAUUAUUAUGAUUUUUUUCUUUUCUCGAAAGGCAAAACUGAUCCUAGAUCAGCACUGCUACUGUAUACGGGCCGAAGGCUGAACCUGAAACCCCAUUGACGAUGUACAAUAGUAGCUCAUUUAGCUGAGAUGUUUUUCCCCAAUAGAGGGUUUUCACCUGACCGUCCUGAAGUGAGUAGUAGUAUUAUCGAACACACUCGUCUGUAGUGUUCGCUUCCAAGCUGUGACUCUGCAAUGCUUUGGAAGAUGUUUUGAAGAACUUUGUUUGUGUUUGCUUAAUGAAGACUCCUCGUGUGACCAUAGACUUGAUACGAAUUUUGUUCUUUUGUUAUUUUUUUAAAGAAAUGUAUACCAAAUGUAUUUUGCUUUGUUGCCGUGUGUAUAGUCUUAGUUAACUAGUCCUAAAUGCACUAUGAUUCAUUAUUAUUUGCGUUUUUUACUAAAUUAACAUUUUCAUGUAAGUAUACUGAACAAAAAUAUAAACGCAACAUGCAACAAUUUCAAAGAUUUUAAUGAGGAAAUCAAUCAAUUGCCCUAAUCUAUGGAUUUCAUAUGUCUGGCAGUACAGAUAUGGUAUCUGUUGGUCGCAGAUACCUUAAACAAAAAAUGGGCCUCACAAUGGGCCUCAGGAUCUCGUCACGGUAAUUUUUGUACAUUCAAAUGGCCAUCGAUAAAAUGUAAUUGUGUUCGUUGUCGGUAGCUUACGCCUGCCCAUACCAUAACCCCACCUCCACCAUGGAGCACUCUGUUCACAACGUUGACAUCAGCAAACCGCUUACCAACACAACGCCAUACACAUGGUCUGCGGUUGUGAGGCCGGUUGAAUGUACUGGCUAACUCUAUAAAACGAUGUUGGAGGCGGUUUAUGGUAGAUAAAUUAACAUUUAAAUUAUCUGGAAACACCUCUGGUGGCCAUUCCUGCAUUCAUCUUGCCAAUUGCAUCCAUGUGCUGUGUACAAAACGGCAUAUUUUAGUGGGCUUUUAUUGUCCCCAGCACAAGGUGCACCUGUGUAAUGAUCAUGCUGUUUAAUCAGCUUUUUGUUAUGCCACACCUGUCAGGUGGAUGGAUUAUCACUAACGGGGAUGUAAAGACAUUUGUUCUCAAUUUUAAAGAAAUAAGCUUUAUAAGCAUAUGGAAUAUGUCUGGGAUCUGUUAUUUCAGUUAAUGAAACAUGGGACCAACACUUUACAUGUUGCCUUUUAUAUUUUUGUUCAGCUUAGUAGCAGACUUAACAUUUAGAAAGCAUAGAGACUCUUAUUCUGUAAUCUUGUGACAUUCCAAAACCCCAAAGUAGUUGAAUUCUAUUUUAGUUGAUUAUUUUUUGCCAAAGAGAAUCUAAAAGUGCAGAAAUACUACCGUACACUAUGGUGUUAUAACAUGUGUUAUAACUUAAGUACGUGGUGUAUUAUAACUCAAUGUACUUUGAUUGUGAUGUCUGUCCUAUAAGAAUAGUUUUAUUAUCACAACUCGCAGUGCAUAAUCAAUGUAAUGCAUUUAUUACUAAUUGACAAGUAUUAUAAAGUAAAAAAAUAUAGAAAAUAUCGAGUUAACAAGUUCAUGAUGCUGCCAAAUGUCUUUCUCAGGUCAAGGCAGAUCCAUUCUAGCCUGAUCCCAGAUCUGUUUGUGCUGUCUUGCUAAACACAUAAGAGUUGUCAAGACAGCACAACUGAUCUGGGACAAGGUAGAUCUAUUCCUUUUGUAUGUGCUACUGAUGUCGUUAUAACACUCCAUGAUACAUAGCUCAACUCAAUAUCACUCAGCCAUGUUUUCUUUUUUUUUAUGAUAUUGUUUUUUUUAUUAUAUAUAUUUUUAAGGCACUUUCAGAGUCAGUUUAAUUAUUCUUUGCUGAGGUGUGGAAAAUUGUGAAACCCAAAGUUUUCUACAUUGAAGAAAUACAGUAUACAUAUUGACCCUACAUGUAGAUUGAGUGUUGGAAGAUAAAGAUACUAGGCGUCUGUCGUUUCACUGCAUAGGAGAACAGUAUAUAUGGCUUCCAUAAGUUAUCAGGAAGCAAUUUAGAUUUCUCUGUAGAUUUCUGACCGGCAAUAGCAGCCAAAAACCACAUUUCCAUCAGUUUUAUUUCCGAGCUGGUUAUCCUACCUAGUGUAAAUACUUGUUGUUAUAAAUUGUUCCUAGAAGAUGGAAUGUUUAGCAGCAGACUAAUCAAAUGCCAUCCAUUUCUCACGACGGCCAAAAUUUAUGCGUAGAAAUCGAAGGCUGUGGCCACACUGAUAAGAUAGAAAAUGGAAAAAAUGUCAUUAAAAAAUAAGAUUUAUACGGUUGCACUGAACGUAUGACAUGACCGGCGAUCUCCAUAUUACUCCUAGGUCAUAGCUAACGUUGUAAAGAUCCCUCUUUGGGCUUGUGCAAUAAGUUAUUAGUUUUGAUAUGAAUGAAUCUGAAUCAUAGAUAUUGAUGAUAGAUAUACACGCGGACAACGACACAUUUUCAAAGCUAUGGAUGGAUGGUAGUGUCGAACACUGUCCAAAUAUGUAUGAUCUUUUGCAGACUGUUUCAAAACGGUUAUCUGAUGUCUGCAUGCAUUCUAUUGACUAUGAUUUCUCAGUUCCAACAGAAGUUUUGAUUUAUAUUGUUUUUUUCUGUACACUUAAAAAAAAAAAAAAGAUUGUUUAUCAGACUAGUUAUUUCCGGUUCUUUCAUUCCACAAUGUCCUGGUUUUAUGAGUCAUGAAAAAAUAUACAAUUGAUGUGUUUUUAUGCAAUAUUAUUAGUUACACGUACUUUACAUCUUACAGUAUUCUGACUGGAUCUGAUUUCAUUUUGUUCAUGUUUCUGUUAAGAGAAUUCCCUUAUGUUUGGCCUUUUUGUAACUCUCAAGACAUAAAUAAUAAAGGACUUAAAUGCAGAAA